AUGAGUACAAAGCAUUUCUUCAGCCACACCGAAGGCGUCGUCGUCCAGGGCCUGGACUCGCUCGUCGCCCGGAACAACCAUCUCGCCCUCGACGCCGCGAACAAAGUCGUCUAUUCCAAGACCCACCAGCCUUCCAAGGUCGCCGUCAUCUCGGGCGGAGGGAGCGGCCAUGAGCCUGCAUGGAGUGGGUACGUCGGCGACGGGAUGCUCGCGGCCGCCGUCAAUGGCGAGGUCUUCGCGAGCCCCUCGACGAAACAGAUCAUGGCGGCUAUUCGACAGGUUCCCUCGGACGCCGGCAUCAUCCUCUGCAUCACCAAUUACACGGGCGAUAAUCUGCACUUUGGCCUUGCGCGGGAGAAGGCGGCGGGGCUGGGGUAUCGAGUCGGGAUCCUGCGCAUGACGGACGAUGUAGCGCUGGGGAGGAAGCAGACGGAGAAUCUGGGACGGCGAGGGUUGGCGGCGAAUAUGUUUGUUCUGAAACUGUGUGGGAGUGCGGCGGAGAGUGGGUAUGAUUACGACAAGUGCAUGAAGAUUGGCCUGUCGGUCAACGCGAACGCCGUCACGGUGGGAUCUUCGCUGGAUCACUGUCACAUCCCGGGCCGCGAGCACCACCGAUCGAUUCCGCCGGAUGCCUAUGUCUUGGGCAUGGGAAUCCACAACGAACCGGGACUGCACGAGAUCUCACCCAUGCCUCCCGUGGAAGAUCUGGUCGGGGAUAUGCUCCAGUACUGCCUGGAUCCCCACGACGCGGAUCGCGCCUUCGUGGCCUUCGAGCCCGACGAUGUCGUCUGCCUGCUCAUCAACAACUUCGGCGGCAUGUCGAAUCUCGAAAUCGACGCCCUCACCACCGUGACACGCAGAGUGCUGGCGCGAGACUGGAACAUCACGCCCCGGCGGGUCUACGCACAGUGCUUCGAGACCUCCCUCAACGCGCCCGGCUGGUCCAUCUCCCUCCUCAACGUCUCCGGCAUCGAGCGCGAGACCAAGACGACGGUGACCACCCUCCUCCACCUCCUCGACCUCGACACCAAAGCCCCCGCGUGGCCGAAGAACGGCUACGGACCCACCACCCUCCCCGUGAAAGCGAGCGCCCAGCUCGCCACCAACGGCAUCGCGGCGCACGCAGCAGCGGCCCAAAAGAGAGGAGGCCCCCAAAUCGACCCAGCCCUCCUCGACGCAGCGCUCCGCAACGCAUGCCACACCGCCAUCCACGCGGAACCGGACAUCACGAAAUGGGACAUCCAAAUGGGCGACGGCGACUGCGGCGAAGCCGUCGUGGGCAUGUGCCAAGGCAUCCUCCAAAAACUCGACACAGGCCUCACGCAGCAAAGCGCCUCCUCGCUCUUCCCGAUCCUCGACGCCCUGGGCGACGCCGUCGAGGAGAUCGGCGGCACGCUCGGCGCCAUCAUCUCCAUCCUCCUCGCCUCUUUCACGACGAACCUCCGACUCGCACACGCGCGGGAGGAUGAUGAUGAAGCUGAUGCUGCUGCUGCUGCUUUUUCUUCCCGGCUCGCGAGCCAGGCGGCCGGCGCCGCGUUAAGGAAUCUGAUGAAUUAUACCCGUGCAAGACAGGGCGGGCGCACGGUCAUGGACGCGCUGAUUCCCUUUUGCGAGACUUUGGAACAAGAAGGGGAUCUGGAGAGAGCGGUGGAGGCGGGCGAGAGGGGGGCGCGGAGUACGCGGGGCAUGAAGGCGAGGUUUGGACGAGGUCAGUAUUUAUCUUAUCUCUCGAUUUUUCAUCUCUCAUUUAUCUAUCGAACGAUUGUUCUUCUUCUUUUUUUUUUCUUUUGCUUUUCAUGUUGAUUCGGAAUGAAUCGCUCCUGCUAACAAUCGUUUUUGCACAGCGACUUAUGUGGGCGAUAAAGCAGACGCACAAGUACAAGAACAACAGGAACAACAACAACAACAACAACAACAACAACAACAAGAACAACAGGACACAGAGGACACAUCACCACCACCGCCGGAUCCAGGCGCCAUGGCGGCGGCAAUCUUCCUGCGAGGUCUCGUGGAUGGGUUGUUGUUGGAGAAGUAA